GGCAGCGGGUGGCAGGUGGCGCGCCGGACUACAAGUCCCGAGGAGCGCGGGGCGCGGGGCUUCCGGCCCGGAAGGCAGCGGAGCCGCUAGUCAGGCGGGGAGCAGGCCCGGGGGCGCGAUGUGCCGGGGUCAGGCACCGGCGCUCGGGCCGCUGCCAGUGCGAACUUCCCAUGACUAACAAAUGCUGGCCUAGAUUAUGAGCUCAAGCAAGAACGUUCGCUACAAUCGUUUCUCCAGUGGCACAACAAACAUCGCUACUUCUGAAAACAGUAACGGGGCAAGAAUGGAAACAACUUUUGGGACAGCCUACUCUGCUGUGACAACCAUCACAAAGGCUGAUGGGACCAAUACUUUUAAACAGCAUCGUCGGACCCCAUCCUCCUCCAGCACACUCACCUACUCCCCACGAGACGAGGACGAUGGCAUGCCUCCGAUCAGCACCCCACGCCGCUCUGACUCUGCUAUCUCCGUCCGUUCAUUGCACUCUGAGUCCAACAUGUCCUUGCGCUCGACGUUCUCACUCCAUGAGGAAGAGGAGGAGCCAGAGCCACUGGUGUUUGCUGAACAACCGUCCGUGAAGCUUUGCUGCCAACUGUGCUGUAGUGUGUUUAAGGAUCCAGUCAUCACAACCUGUGGGCACACAUUUUGUAGAAGAUGUGCCUUAACAUCUGAGAAGUGCCCGGUGGACAACGCCAAACUGACGGUGGUGGUGAACAACAUCGCGGUGGCUGAGCAGAUCGGGGAGCUCUUCAUUCACUGCAAGUACGGCUGCCGGCCCGCAGCCAGCAGCAAGCCUGCUGCCUUCGAGGUGGACCCCCGCGGCUGCCCCUUUACAAUUAAACUGAGUGCCAGGAAAGAUCAUGAAAGCAGCUGUGAUUACAGGCCCGUUCGCUGCCCCAAUAACCCCAGCUGCCCACCUCUCCUGAAAAUGAAUCUGGAGGCACAUCUGAAAGAGUGUGAGCACAUAAAGUGUCCCCAUUCCAAAUACGGGUGUACAUUCAUUGGAAAUCAAGACACUUACGAGACCCACUUGGAGACCUGCAAGUUCGAGGGUCUGAAGGAGUUCCUGCAGCAGACAGACGAUCGCUUCCACGAGAUGCAGGUGGCAAUGGCCCAGAAGGACCAGGAAAUUGCCUUCCUGCGCUCCAUGCUGGGGAAGCUCUCAGAGAAAAUUGACCAGCUGGAAAAGAACCUGGAGCUUAAGUUUGACGUGCUGGACGAGAACCAGAGCAAGCUGAGCGAGGACCUGAUGGAGUUCCGCAGGGACGCCUCGAUGCUGAACGAUGAACUCUCUCACAUUAAUGCUCGGCUCAACAUGGGCAUCCUUGGCUCCUAUGACCCUCAGCAGAUCUUCAAGUGCAAGGGGACCUUUGUGGGACACCAGGGCCCUGUCUGGUGUUUGUGCGUUUACUCCAUAGGAGACUUGCUCUUCAGUGGCUCUUCAGACAAAACCAUUAAGGUGUGGGAUACCUGUACCACAUACAAGUGCCAAAAGACCUUGGAAGGUCACGAUGGAAUUGUACUGGCUCUCUGCAUCCAGGGGAACAAGCUGUACAGCGGCUCUGCUGACUGCACCAUUAUUGUCUGGGAUAUUCAAAACCUGCAAAAAGUGAACACGAUCCGAGCACAUGACAAUCCUGUUUGCACUUUGGUCUCUUCACACAACAUGCUGUUCAGUGGCUCUCUCAAAGCCAUCAAGGUCUGGGACAUUGUAGGUACCGAGCUCAAGCUGAAGAAGGAGCUGACGGGUCUCAACCACUGGGUGCGAGCACUGGUGGCUUCUCAGAACUAUCUCUACAGUGGAUCCUACCAAACAAUCAAGAUCUGGGAUAUCCGCAACUUGGAGUGUGUGCACGUGCUGCAGACGUCGGGAGGCAGCGUCUACUCCAUCGCCGUGACAAACCACCACAUAGUGUGUGGCACCUACGAGAACCUCAUCCACGUCUGGGAUAUAGAGACAAAGGAGCAAGUCCGCACGCUCACUGGGCACGUGGGUACGGUCUAUGCCCUCGCCGUCAUCUCCACGCCAGAUCAAACCAAAGUCUUCAGUGCGUCCUAUGACCGGUCUCUCAGGGUGUGGAGCAUGGACAACAUGAUCUGCACCCAGACGCUGCUGCGACACCAGGGCAGCGUCACUGCCCUCGCCGUCUCCAGGGGCCGCCUCUUCUCUGGUGCCGUGGACAGCACUGUAAAGGUCUGGACGUGCUGAGUGCGCCGCGUGGGUCCUGCACGUGGACAGACCAGACUCCUCCCUCCGCGGGCCUGCGGAGCGACCGACACCGCUCCAGGAGCCCCGCCGCAGCCCCUCCGCACCGACCACUGCCCGCUGCUGCCCCGCGGCCGCCCCCACCCGCACGGCCCCGCCGGGGAAGGGACGGCCCCGCACACGCCGGCUGCCCCUCAGCUCUGCCCGCUGCGGAGAUGCAGAGGAAGCCGCUCCGGUGCCCCCCGCUCCUCAGGGUGCCCGGCUCUGCCUGCGUCCCCCCAGCCCAGGAGCAUCCGCUGGGAGCGGGGCAAGGCCAGGCCCCCUUGGCCAGUGAUGGGACUGAAGGGUUCAGCCAGUCACGAUGGGGGUGGUGACACCGAGCAGCUGCUCCCCUUGUAAAUGGCAGGACCGAGGGUUAGGCCUCGCCUCGGGCUGGGACCCCCACCCCUUUCUGUCUCUUGUAUUUAAUUUUACUGCCAAGAUGUCGGGCUGAUCCCUCUGGGAAGAGGUGUCUUCUUGAGUAGCCAGGUACGAUUUUUACGCCACAGCUAGUUCUCAGAUAACACAAGCCCAUUGUUCACCACCCUGUAAUAAUGGUCUCCACAUUAAAGACAAAUGUCUCUGUUGCAUUUCUACUCACAUUUUCUACUGUUUUUAAGAUUGUA